AUGCCAAUUGACUAUUCCAAGUGGGACAAGAUCGAAUUGUCGGAUGACUCCGACGUUGAGGUCCAUCCAAACGUCGACAAGAAGUCUUUUAUCAAAUGGAAACAGAGAGAUAUCCAUGAGAAGCGGAUCCAGAGAGACAACCAAAUCAAGGGCCUCAAGAUCCAGAAGGAAAUGUACACGCGACUGAAUGCGCGCGUGGACAAGAUGAUUAGCACAUUGGGAAACGCUCUGGCGAACGAAUCCAAGAGAAACGAGUUUCUCAACGCCAAUUUCGACCCAAAGGAGAAGUGUGCUUUGGAGGACAACCCAGACAGUAUCCCAUACAACGAGAUGGUUGAGGACCUGUUUGUCCAGAUUUCCGACGAUCUGAAAAAGGAGAACAAGGACAGCAGCGAUCCAAAACUAGUUUUGGCUAAAGUUCUGGAACACCGUGCCAAGAUCGAGACGGUCCUGAAACAGAUUGAUCCAAAACUGGAAGAACUCAACAAGGAGAAGCAUUUGCACAUUUCCAGCGACGACAUUCACGACGGCUGGAACAGCUCGUUCAUCAACAAAAAGGAAACCCCCUCGUCUGCAUCCUCGGCUGCCACGACGGCUCCUAAGUCGGCCUCCACCAGCGCAGCCACCACCAUUGAAACCAUCAACACCCCGGCCGCGUCGAAACUGCUCCAGACGCCUUCCAAACCGUUGGACGAGCUCGACGAGCUGGAACUGCUUCCAGAAACAGAACAGUUUGCACAAAUACCAUCCACCGACCUGCUCAAGAGCAUCAAGUACCUGGAAGACCAUCUAUACAUUGUCUGCGAGCAGCAGAAAGACGCGCUGAUGAUGAAGACGUUCGACCACCAGCUGGACGGCGACUCGAACACGGCCAAACAGGUGGUCCAUCAGGCAUUGAUACUGCAAUACCUGGACGACCUGUUCAAGGCGGCAGGCGGACCAAGGGCUACGAUUCAGCAGAAACAACAGGCUGUCGGCAUGUUUGUGGGGAAAUUGCUAGACAAGUCGUCGCCGGCCUCUCGUGCAUUUGAGGCGGACUGGGACAAAACGUAUAAACAUAUUGUUGGCAGAUGCGAAAUCAUCAAGCAGGAGCACGAUGACGGUGCUGGUCAGGAGGGUGUUGAGCAGAUCCAGCUGAGGUCGAUGGACCCAAACUCGGAGCUCGUGAUCAACCUGCCGGCCAAAGACGCGCCAGAGUACGAGUACUUCGAGCAGAUCCCCGAGACGAUGCAAAAAGCGCUCGAAACGAAGAGUCUGGACAAGAUCAACGACGUUUUUGCCACAAUGUCUGUGUCGGAGGCCGAAGGGGUUCUGGAACUAUUUGACAAGUGCGGAGUGAUUCAGAUCCAAGCCUUGUUGGAGAACGAGGACGAGUUCAACCAUCUGAAGGAGGAAUAUGAGGAGCUGGGGGAGGACGAAGAAGACCAAGCACCGGAGCCGGAAGCUACCGCGACUGCAGACAUUGUCGACUAA